AGUAGCGUCAACCGUGAGCAGAGUCACGUUUGACAAGACCAUCGACAGGUUAAACUCCUCUUACAGCCGGUAUACAGACAAACAGCGUGAGGAGCAAAACCCUCAGUCUCAACCCCCGUCAUAUUGAGUAAGCACUUGCACCCGAUUGAUGCAAGAAAGGUCUCUGGAAGUAAAGACUAGACUUACCAUGAUGGUCUUCUAAUUCUGACGCUUCGGAGAGCUGCUUGACAGGAAGAGGCGAUGAAUUCCUGCUAGCUAACGCACACGGUCAAAUGCCAUGGCUGUGCCCAGCGCCAAGUCAUUCCACUGGCAACCCCUGGCACCCUUGCCUGUUGGCCGGGUCUACUGCACACCUGUGGAGAGCGGGGGUCAGCUUUACCUCAUCGGAGGCUGCGAUGAGGAUGGGACCCCGAUGAGCAACUGUGAGGUUUACUCCCCGGAGGCCAAUCAGUGGACCACUCUGCCACCCAUGCCCACACCACGAGCGGGCGUAGCUGUGGCUGGCCUGGGCAAACAGAUAUUGGUGAUUGGGGGCAUGGGAGUUUAUCAGAACCCCCUGUCAACAGUGGAGAUGUACAACGUGGAAGAGGGCAAGUGGGAACAGAAGAGUUCCUUGUGUGAAGCCACCAUGGGAGUGUCGGUGACUGUAAAAGACUGUUGCGUGUAUGCAGUGGGCGGAAUGGGAUCAGACAUGUGUCCACAAACCAACCUCCAGCAAUACGAUAUCAUGAAGGAUCUCUGGCUCUCACUCCCUGCCAUGCCUACACCCAGAUAUGCAGCCAGCACCUUCCUUCGAGGUAGCAAGAUCCAUGUAUUUGGCGGGAGACAAGCAAAGAAUCCGGUCACCGCCUUUGAAGUCUACGACAUUGAGGCCAAGUCAUGGACCAAGUUUCCGAGCAUUCCUGGCCGGCGAGCCUUCUCGAGCUGCGUGAUGACUGAGAAGAAUUUCUUUAGUCUCGGAGGCUUGCAGCAGGCUCGAGGCUACAAGAGGCCCAAGUUUGUUCGGACUGUCGAUGUGUUUGACAUUGAGCAGGGAGGCUGGAUGAAGACAGAGCAUCGCUUAAACAUGAAGAAGAGGAGAGCAGACUUUGUGGCUGCGAAUCUCCAAGGCAGGGUGAUAGUGGCUGGAGGUCUAGGUGACCAGCCGAUGGUCCUGGGCUCAGCCGAGGCCUUUCACCCGAUUAAGAACAGGUGGGAGCACCUGCCACCCAUGCCCACCGCCCGCUGCACCUGCUCCAGCAUCGUCUUUAAGAACCGUCUCUUGGUCAUUGGCGGGGUGUCACGUGGGCCCAGCAACGCUGUGGAAGCUCUGUGCCUGGCGGACUCGUAGAUGCCAGCAGUGGCUGAGACAACAGAGGAUCAUUCGUCCAGGGCCGCGUACACAAAGCAAAAAUACCUGGAAAACCUGGGCAGGUCUGGCAGCAUCUGCGGAGAAGAGCGCUGUCAACGUUUCGAGUCCGAAUGACCCUUCGACAGAACAAGCCUCUGGCUUGAGGGUUUAAUUGCUUUUUGCUGCUGGAUUAUUCAACUUGAAGGCUGUUGCAUUCUCUUCUCAGCCCCAGCGAAGUGUCGGAACACAGGGGGGGGGAGCUAAAUUCCCUUCCAUGCCUCAGGCCAGGGCAGACAAACCUCUCAGCUCUGUCAUCUUCCUUCUGUGAUUCAGUUCAGCCAUUUCAAUGAGGCCUUGGUUCACAAUUGCACCGUUCCUUCCCCAUGGAACACAAGGCUUCAUCCAGAGAACUUUCUACACCCUCACUCCUUCCCUUCCCUCCUCAGCGUCUCCUCCAGACCUCAGGGAGUUUAUCCAAGAGAUUUUUUUUCUUCUCCUGGAAGUAGCGGCCGCUGAUCUGUUAACUGCCUUGGAGAUGGAGUACAUUUUUCAAUUGAGGAAAUUGUUUGAAGGGCUGGGUCACCAGUGCCAAUCGCGCCCAAAUUGAACAGAGCGCAUGGGCAGAAGAAGAUUCAUCACCCAACUUAAUCGAUUAAUCAGGAGCAGGCUGGUUGAAAAUAAGAUUUCAUCUCUUAAUUGUGAUGAUAUGCCUCGACUGAGAAUGUGAACAGACCUCAGCUUUGUCUCGGUUAUGUGAAAGGCCAGACAACCUUUCACAUAACUGAAUACAGAGUCUGCACAAAGGAACUAAUUCAGACAAAGCCCCUGAGCACAAGCACCUGUGGACAAUUCUUGAUGUUGAAUAAGUGUUGGGCUCAUCAGUCGUGAACAAAUGGGAAAGGCCCCUUGAUUCCCAGCAUGAACAGAUGCUAGUUGAUUUUGGUAGACACACCACAGGAGGGAAUUCCAAUUGACUUCUUAUGGUUCUUCCCCAUGGCACUGCUGUGCCACAACCCACACAAAGGGUGUACCGGUUCAGGGUGCAAGGCACUGAAGCUGUUAACCAACAAGGCAGCCAAUUGGACAACCUAGCAAACACAUAUUAGGAAAUUGCAGAGCGUGUGAUCCGGCUGAUUGUUCCUUCACACUGGUGUGAUUAUAAUGUAUUAGUGUAUGUGCGUUGUUCUCUGUUUUGUAACUGUAUACAACUGAUGUAAUUCAGCAGUAUUACCAUAUACCUCAGCCCUUAGACUACAGUAUCACAGAAUCAUUACCACACACGAGGCCAUUCCACCCGUCGUGUCAGUGCUGUCUCUCUGAAGGAGUAAUUCACCUUGUGCCACACCCCCACCUUCUCCUCUUAGACCCACACAUUCCUCCUUUUCAGAUAAUAAUCCAAUUCCCUCUUGAAUGUCUCGAUUGAACCUGUCUGUGCCACACUCUCAGGCAAUUUAGUCUAAACUCUGUGGCUACCGCUUAUCAGUCUGAAAUAUCAUUAGAGUUAGAUAAAGGUUUAAAGUACCUGGACUUAGCUACCAGUGGAAGUCUGAACAUGUACUUUAAUCAGCGUGAGCAGUAUUCAUGUACGUUUGCUUCUGUGUUUGAAGAUAUUUCCACUUGUGGGGAAUUCCAAAAUUCAGCGUCAUGAAUAUAAGAUGGUCACUGAUAAAUCCAAUAGUUCACUAGGUAGUAGUUGCUCGGAGAAACUCCUUUACUCAGACAAGACUGAGGCUGUUAACUAACCAGGCAGCCAACUGGAUGAGCUAGGAAAUUGUAGAAAAGUGCAAACCUGGCUGAUUGUUCCCUCAUACUGCAAUGUCACUAGUGUGAUCAUAAUAUUAACUGUAUUAGUAUAGAUACACUAUUCUCUGUAUUGUGACUGUGUAUACAGUUGUUAAAAUUCAGCAGUAUUACCAUGUACCUCAGCCCGCAGGCAACAGAAUCACAGAAUCAUUGCAACACAGGAGGUCAUUCCACCUAUUGUAUCUGUGCUGAUUCCCUGAAGGAGCAAUUCACCUAGUGCCAUUCCUCCACCUUCCCCCAUAGCCCUGCACGUAGAGUGUGAUGUGGAGGAAAAUAGCAUAGGUGUCUUCAAGGGGGAGCUAGAUAAGCACCUGACAGAGAAAGGUUAUGCUGAUAGGGUGAGAUGAAGGAGGUGGGAAGGAGGUGUCAGAGCAUAAAGACCGAUAUGGCCAGUUGGGCUGAAUGGCCUGUUUCUGUACUGUAAUUUUUUAUGUAGGGUAUUACAUGCCCACACCUUGUCACUCCACAUUCCUGAUAAUGGGAUGUAUUGCCAAAACAGAAGGAGCAAUUGGAGCAGCGAAGUCCGGCCCUUUGGAAUUCUUGCCCCUCCAGGGCUGGGGAUGCUCAGUCAUUGAGUAUACUCAAGAUUUUUGAAUACAAAGGAAAUUCCAGGAUAUGGGAUGGGUGGAAUGGGAAAGUAGGGUUGAAGAUCAGCCAUGAUAUUAAUGAAUGGUGAAGUAGGCAUGAGAGGCCAUCUGGUCGACUCCUGUCCCUACUUCUUAUUUCCUUGUGAGUUAUAAAGAAAAUGUAGUAAAGUGGAUACCACGGCUGGAGUUUUCUAGCUCCCCUCCUCCUCCGCACACGCACCCCCCCUCCCUGCGGCAGGUGGGUGGAGAAUUCCAGCCCACAUAUCCAAUCCCACAUCCUGCACAUCCACCAGCCCCCGCGCCCCCUUCAUUCCCAUUGGGAUGGGCCUUGAAAUGAAGAUCAGGUGUGCCGAGACUCAAAUUCCAACACCUGGAAACCUUAGAGAGGAAGAGAAAGUGGAAUAAGGU